AUGGAUUCUUACAAUAAUGCCAAUCGUUACUUACCUGUAUCGCAUUUUCGAGCAGAUGUUGAAGAAUCAUUGCUAAACUUGUAUUUGAAAUAUGGCCCUUGUCAAAAAAUUCUGCAACAGAGAUUGCGAUUGUUGAGUAGUUUUUCAAGUAGUACAAGAACGUCAACUACUCCAACAACGCCAUCAAAAUAUCAAGCUGGCAGUACUGCUAGCGAUCAUCGAAACAGUACUUAUCAGGAAUUUGCUCAUGCAAAUGGGCAUAAUUCUAAAGGAACGCCUUAUCACCACCAACGAUCUGUGUCAGCUUUACCUUUGCAAGAACAUUUGCAACAACAACAACAACUUAGUGCUAAAAAAGGACGUCAUGGGUUCUAUUCUUCAUCCAGUAAUACUCCUCACUUACCUAACAAUUAUGUCUACAGACGAGAAGGUUCCACGCUAAAUGCUGGUAUCUUUUAUUGUGCACUUAACAGCAAUAAUAAUUUCUAG